CUGCAAUGAGAAUCGAUUUCUGUUUCGAUCGCUGCAGUUUAUCGGUAAACACCGACCGGAGCAGCAGCAAGUUUCAGCCAUGAGCAGGGAUUAAUACUAGUUUUCUUUUUGUCGAGCUUCAUAUCUUUUGCAGAGCUUCAGUGUUUCUAAAGGAAUCGAGCAAUUAUGCAGAAGAAAGGAGGGAAGAAGGGAAAAGGUGGAAAGCAGACGACUAAGGAGGACAGACUGCUGUUUCUGAAGAAUAAACAACAGAAGGAAGUGCUGAACACCAGAGUUAACCUGAAGAAGUUGAACCAGCUGUGGCAUGCGAGCCUGCGCCAGACCGCUGCAGCCGCUCUGCACGAAGAUUUUGCUGUCCUCAGACAAACAUUUGAGAGAGUUGUGGACUGCAAGGACGAUGCCAUUCAGUUAUUGGUGCAUGAGCUGAGUGAAGCAGAGCAUCAGUCAGCACUGGCUAAAGGCACUCAUCUGCAGCGUGUGGAUUAUCUUCUUAAUGUACAGAAAAGCCGACUGGCAUCACUAGAGUCACACUGGAACACCAGUCUUGAGGAACUCACUACUGAGUGCUGCACAGAGAGGGAACACUUUUUGAAGCGGCAUCAGCGGGAUAUAGAGUACCUGGAAGCAGCCAACUCUGCCUUAGAACAGCAUUACGCUGGAAUUGAAAGUGAGGCACAACAGAACUAUCAGAAUGAACGCGAUGACAUUAAAAACCAGAACACUGAGGAGAAGCAUGCACUGAGUGUCCAUUUGGAAGGCACAGUGGAAGAGUUGUGGCAGCAGCUCCAGCAAGAGCAGGAGAAGUACACUGAAGCCACUAAUAAUCUCCAGGCAGAUUUUGAUGCACUUUCUGCCAAAGACCAGCAAAAUGCUCAACAAGCAAACCUGCUGAUAAAGCGAAUACAGAAAUUGCAGGAAACAAUUACUGCUCUUCAUUCUCAUCUGAGCUCCAGUCAGGUAGACAAUGAAGCAUCUGCAUGUGACCUUCGUGAAGAAUGUGAGCAAGUUAGUGAGAAAAUCCAACAGCUCAGAGCGAAGCUCAGCACUGCCCAGGCAGCUGAAAAAACACGACUAGCUAAUCACACGAUGCACAGCUAUAAAGCGCUUAAAAAACUACAGGAUAUUAAUGAAGAGGGAGAGAUAUUGUUAAGUCUGGUUAAUGUUUGCCGCAAGCUUGAAACGGAGCAGGAGAAGGUGGUUCCUUUUUACACAUCAUCUUUAACUGAUGAGGAACUGAGUCAGGAGAAGGCAAAUGCUAUGAAGUCGAUAUCUGAAGAAUUAGCACAGACAAUGAUGGACUAUACAGAUCUACUAAGGUUCUGGCAACGUUUCAACAAGGUUCGACUGGAACGUUUGUGUUUAGAACGGGAGAAGAAGUUCCUAGAAUUGGAGAACCAGCAGCUGAGGAUUCUUGUCAAGCAACACCUGGAUGGAUUCUCUGUGAAUGAAGAGAUCCUACAGCAGCAGAACUCGCUGCUGAUGGUGUCUGGUGCAUUGCAACAAACCUCUCCCCCUUCAGAAACUCGAACAAAAACUCACAGGACAGUCAUAGAGGCAGCUCAUGUGGUGCAGCAUAUACUGUAGAGAAGAUAUGUAGCAGCAGACAUAUUUAGCACUGGGAUUUAUAAAUAAUAAACAGGUUGUCUUUGUGUUUUUUGCAGUAUCUAUCCAUCUAUCUAUUUAUCCAUCUUUCUCCUUUAUGUAGGUGAAAGAUAUGUUCCUGAACAUGUUUCUGCUUUAAAAAAACUUAAAAAAAUUAAACACUGAACUCACAAAUG